AUGGAUACAAAUACGGCAGGUAUUCCAACGUUAACAAUAAAACUGGUUUUGCUUGGAGAAUCAGCCGUUGGAAAAUCAUCAAUAGUUCUUAGAUUCAUAUCUAACGACUUUACAGAAAGUAGAGAACCCACCAUAGGUGCCGCCUUCUUGACGAAGAGAAUCACGCGGGAUGACAAGGCCAUAAAAUUUGAAAUUUGGGAUACCGCAGGCCAGGAAAGGUUUGCUCCCUUGGCACCUAUGUAUUAUAGAAACGCGCAGGCUGCUUUAGUAGUUUUUGACAUUACCAAUGAGCAGUCUUUCCGUAAAGCUCAAGAUUGGGUCGAAGAAUUACACGAGAAGUUAGGAGACAAUAUUAUCAUUGCAUUGGUGGGCAACAAAAUGGAUCUGUUGACUAUGCAGGGCGAAAUUUCAAAUAGGGCUGUAAAUGAAGACGAAAUACAGAACCUCUGCCAACAAGAAAAUCUUUUAUAUUUCGAGGUAAGUGCUAAGACUGGUAAAAACAUACACGAAGUAUUUCAAGCGGUUGGAGAAAAAAUACCAUUUCCUACACAUAACGUGGGACGAACCUCCGAGCACGAUCUCACGAUUACUGACGAUCAACGAAUUGAUCUUGAAUCAACCACCGUAGAAGGUGCAAGAGAGACUGGUGGCUGUAACUGCUAA